GCGCCGUCUCCGCCCACUAUACUGCACGAUGGUGAUAUAUAUCCCUAUAUCGAUGGUUCUAUGUUCAUUCUAACGCAUUACUUUAGAACCGUUUCAAUUGGAUGCUUCUGUAUUUUUCCGCGGAUGGUGAUAUCAUACAGAAUAUCAGCCACGCUUGCCACUGAAUUACAGCUUGUCCUAUUUAGCCAUCUAACCACAAGGCAGUGGCAGAAAACAGUCGUCUCGUUCAGAGAAAGAGCGAGAGAGAGAGAGCUGUGAAAUGGGCAUAUAAACCUGUAUCAAGCAUAUUAUCUAAAUUGACAUUUAAAUACAUCGGAAUGGCUUGUAAUCCAUGACCAAAAAUCCACCCCACUAAACAGUAAUUUAAUUACCGGUAUCGUAAUUUGACCGUAAUUAAAACCUCGAGCCUGUGGAGAUGGGAUUCCUCCACCAGCUACAUCUUCUGUUGUGGAAGAAUGUGUCUUUGAAGAGAAGAGGACCGUGGGUGUUGGCCUUUGAGAUCUUCAUCCCCCUGGUCCUUUUCUUCAUCCUGCUGGGCCUGCGCCAGAAGAAACCUGCCAUCCCUGUCAAGGAAGCCUUCUACAGCGCAGCACCCCUCACCUCAGCAGGCAUCAUCCCCAUCAUGCAGUCUCUGUGUCCCGACGGCCAGAGGGACGAAUUUGGCUUCCUGCAGUACAAGAACUCCACUGUGACCCAGUUGUUGGAGCGGAUCAGUGAUGUGGUGUUACAGAACCACCUGCUCACAGCAGACAGGCCAGGACUGGGCCAGGAGCUGGAGUCCCUGCAACAACACCUGGAGAGACUCAGCACACCCACAGGGCCCUCCUCGCUGGACAACGGCUUCAACACCAGCCAAGGGUUCACCGUGGCCAGUAUGUUGAAGAACCAGUCUGUGUUCCGGCAGUUUCUGGUCAGGAAUCUGUCUCUCCCCAAUAACACGGCCAGCCUUCUGCUCUCCACUCCUGUCAACCUCAAAGAGGUCUUCAACAUGAUAUUUGGCCUGUACCCCAGAGCUGGAGGGGGGAGUAGUCAUGCUUCAGGAGGGGCAAAAGAGACCGCACAAACCCCUGCAGAGAAGAGCCUUCAACUGGAAGAGAAGCUUCUGGGAGCCAUGCAUCGUCUGGACGGAGGACUGAUCCACAAAGCUUUACGAGACCCAACCAAAGCAGCCCAUCGGCAGGGCCUACUCAAACUCAUGUCUCAGGCAUUAGGCCUAGCAGAAGGAGAGGCAGGCCAGAGAUACGAUCCCCAGGGACUAAAGGAGAUGGAGGAUGUUCUCCUGACUGGUGCCAUGUUGGAAAUGCUUACUUGUGGGGAGGAUGGGACUGGUGAGCUGAGCAAGAUCCUAUUGGUUCCUGAGAAGCAGCAGUCCCUGCUCCAGGCCUAUCGCAGCACAGUGUGUGGUGGCGGGGAGGGACAGAGGACUGAGCGCUUUGGACAGAUGAGCCAGGAGCUGAGAGACCAGAUAGACACACAGAGCCUCGUUGACAAGCUGCGUCUGGAGAAGGUCAACUUCUCGGCUCCUCUGUCCCAGUCCCACCUGGGUGCUCUGCUGAAAGACCUGGCUGACGUGGAGAGGCUCGUCAGGGACGUAGACCUGCUGUCAGGCCUGGCUCGCCUGCUCCCUAAGGGGGCCUGUGCUGGGGGUCAUACGGCCCUUGGGGCCCCAGCCAACACCACCACCUCCUGGGCCCGCAAUGCCACUACCUGGGGGCCCAACACCACUGAGACCCCUGGGGAGGAGGGAGGAGAGGAGGAGGGUGGAGGACGAGAGAAAGAGAAAGGGAAAGAGAAUCCUCAUUCACAGUUUUCUGCUUUUGUACAGCUGUGGGCAGGGCUGCAGCCUAUUCUGUGUGGGAACGAUAGGAUCAUUGAGCCUGAAGCUUUGAAGCAGGGGAAUAUGAGCUCUCUGGGUUUCACCAGUAAAGAGCAGCGCAAUCUGGGUUUACUCGUGCAUCUGAUGACUACAAAUCCCAAGAUCCUCUACUCACCCGUUGGCUCACAAGUGGACAAAGUCAUUCAGAAGGCAAAUGAGACAUUUGCGUUUGUGGGGAACGUGACUCACUACGCCAGGGUGUGGCUCAACAUCUCUGCCCAGCUCAGGACCUACCUGGAGGAGGGCAAGCUGCACCACCAGCUGGCCUGGCUGCAGCUGUUGACCUCUAACCUGCGUGGUCACCCGGAGCUGCUGAACGGGACGGACAGUGACCUGUUGCGUGGGCUGCUGGAUGGCAACUACACCCUGUCCAACACCUCCACCCUGCUGGAGCAGCUGGACACCAUUGACAACGCAGCAUGCGGCUGGACACACUUCAUGUCCAAGGUCAGUGUGGAUAUCUUCAAGGGUUUCCCUGAUGAAGACAGCAUCGUCAACUAUACCCUGAACCAAGCCUACCACGAUAACAUUUCAGUGUUUGCCAGUGUGAUAUUCCAGACCAACAGAGAUGGCUCCCUGCCUCCUCAUGUCCUCUAUAAGAUCAGACAGAACUCCAGCUUCACAGAGAAAACCAACGAGAUCCGCCGGGCCUACUGGCGCCCGGGGCCCAACACGGGGGGAAAGUUCUACUUUCUCUAUGGCUUUGUGUGGAUCCAGGAUAUGAUAGAGAGAGCCAUCAUUAACACGUUUGUGGGUCAUGACGUGGUGGAGCCUGGGAACUAUGUUCAGAUGUUCCCCUACCCCUGCUACACCAGAGACGACUUCCUGUUUGUGAUCGAGCACAUGAUGCCUCUGUGCAUGGUGAUCUCCUGGGUGUACUCUGUAGCCAUGAUGAUCCAACACAUUGUGGCUGAGAAGGAGCACCGGCUCAAAGAGGUGAUGAAGAUGAUGGGCCUGAACAAUGCGGUCCACUGGGUGGCCUGGUUCAUUACUGGCUUCGUCCAGCUGUCCAUCUCAGUGACCGCCCUGACGGCCAUCUUGAAGUAUGGCAGAGUGCUCCUCCACAGUGACAUCCUCAUCAUCUGGCUCUUCCUCUCCAUCUACGCCAUCGCAACGAUCAUGUUCUGUUUCCUGGUGUCAGUGAUCUACUCUAAGGCCAAGCUGGCGUCUGCCUGUGGCGGGAUAAUCUACUUCCUAAGCUACGUCCCCUACAUGUACGUGGCCAUCAGGGAGGAGGUGGCCCAUGACAAGAUCACCGCCUUUGAAAAGUGCAUUGCUUCUCUGAUGUCGACCACAGCGUUCGGCCUGGGCUCUAAGUACUUUGCCCUGUAUGAGGUGUCAGGAGUUGGCAUCCAGUGGCGCACCAUCAACCAGUCGCCUGUAGAGGGCGAUGACUUUAACCUUGGUCUGUCCAUGAUGAUGCUCAUCAUCGAUGCCAGUGUGUAUGGAGUUCUCACCUGGUACAUAGAAGCUGUGCAUCCAGGGAUGUAUGGGCUGCCCCGGCCGUGGUACUUCCCCCUGCAGAAGUCCUAUUGGCUGGGCAGUGGGCGUGUGGAGACGUGGGAGUGGCCUUGGGGAGGAGCAGCCAGGCUGAGUGUCAUGGAAGAGGACCAGGCGUGUGCCAUGGAACACCGGCGAUCUGGUAAGCCAAGCUGCAGCCUGACCUCUGACAACCGGCGAUCUGAGGAGAUGCGUGGUAUGGAAGAAGAGCCCAGCCACCUGCCCCUGGUGGUGUGUAUAGACAAGCUGACCAAGGUGUACAAGACGGGCAACAAGCUGGCCCUCAACAAGCUGAGCCUCAACCUUCAUGAGAACCAGGUGGUCUCCUUCCUGGGCCACAACGGAGCUGGCAAGACAACCACCAUGUCUAUUCUGACAGGUCUGUUCCCGCCUACCUCGGGCUCAGCCACCAUCUACGGCCAUGACAUCCGUACUGACAUGGAGCGUAUCAGGCAGAACCUGGGCAUGUGUCCCCAGCACAACGUGCUCUUUGACAAGCUCAGUGUGGAGGAGCACCUGUGGUUCUACUCCAAACUCAAAGGCAUGGCCGAGGAGGACAUCCGCAAGGAGAUGGACAAGAUGAUCGAGGAUCUGGAGCUGAAUAAUAAACGGCACAGCCUGGUCCAGACUCUGUCUGGAGGAAUGAAACGGAAACUGUCCGUAGCCAUAGCGUUUGUGGGCGGCUCCCGGGCAGUCAUCCUGGAUGAGCCCACGGCGGGUGUCGACCCUUACGCACGCAGAGCCAUCUGGGACCUCAUCCUCAAGUACAAACAGGGCCGCACCAUCCUGCUGUCCACCCACCACAUGGAUGAGGCUGACCUGUUAGGAGACCGCAUAGCCAUCAUCUCCCAUGGGAAACUCAAGUGCUGCGGCUCCCCACUCUUUCUCAAGAGCACCUACGGAGACGGCUACAAACUCACCCUGGUCAAGAAACAGAGUGAGAGCGGCGACCAGGUCACCCAGCCUCCAUUCUUCCUGUCUCCCUGCUCCUCCUCCUCCCUGUCUCCCUCCUCCUCCCUGUCCCCCUCCUCCCUGUCUCCAUGCUCGGAGGCCCGGGUCACCAAGUUCAUCCGUCAGUUCGUGGGGUCCUGUCUGCUGGUGUCUGACUCCAACACUGAGCUGUCUUAUGUGCUGCCUUCAGAGGCUGUCAAGAAGGGCUGCUUCGAGAGGCUCUUUCAGGCGUUAGAGCAGAGUCUGGACCUCCUGGCUCUGACCAGCUUCGGGGUGAUGGACACCACUCUGGAGGAGGUCUUCCUCAAGGUGUCAGAGGAGGACCAGUCCCUGGAGAACAGUGAUGCUGACAUGAAGGAUUCCCCGGGCGGUAGCUCAGUGGGGAAGCCUGCUGCUACGGUGGUGGGUCUGGGGGCCCCUGGGCCGCAGGGUGAUGGCCCGGGGCCGGGGGCUCCUGCAGGAGGCAGCAGCAGUGUGCUGAGACCAGGGGUAGAGCUCAGUAACCUGCUAAACUGCUCCAGGCUCAGCCAGAGUCAGUCGUCCCUGCGCUCAUCCUCCUCCCUGGGGUCCGUGCGGGGGGACGAGGGGGGGCUCUACACAGACUUCUAUGGAGACUACUGCCCCCUCUUCGACAACGGACAAGACCCUGACUCUACCAGUCUGACGGCGGAAGCGGAUGAGUCCUCUGGCCCUGAGCAGCCUGUGGUCCUGGAGGACCAGGGCAGCUUCAAGCUGGAGGGUUGGUGGCUGAAGCUACGUCAAUUCCAUGGCCUCAUCGUGAAGAGGUUCCACUGUGCCAAGAGGAACACCAAGGGUCUUUUCUCUCAGAUCCUGCUGCCUGCAUUCUUCGUCUGUGUGGCCAUGACCGUAGCCCUGUCGGUGCCUUCCAUCGGAGAUCUGCCACCAUUGGUCUUGUCUCCAUCCCAGUACCACAACUACACCCAGCCUCGUGGCAACUUCAUCCCCUACGCCAACGAAGAUCGCCCACAGUACAGCAGUAAACUGUCCCCAGACGCCAGCCCUCAGAAGAUCGCCAACACGCUCCGUCUGCCUUCUGGCGUGGGCGCCACCUGCGUCCUCAAAACGCCCUUCAACAGCACCCUGGACCAGCUGGCACAGACACUCAACCCCAGUGCCAACAACUCCAAAACCCUAGCUGCCCGCUACUUUGACUCCAUGUGUCUGGAUUCCUUCACCCAGGGAGUGCCCCUGUCCAACUUCGUACCCCCUCCCCCCUCGCCAGCCCCCUCAGAUGACCCCGACCCUCGUUUUGAGGAUAGACUGUGGAACUUCACUGCUGCCACUCUUACCACUGUACGGGAAACAGUGACCUCUCCACCCACCUUACCUCUGUCUAUCCGGGAGCCGGUUCGUUGUAUCUGCUCCAUGCAGGGGACGGGCUUCUCCUGCCCCAGUGGGGUCGGGGGGCGGCCGCCCCUUAUGAAGGUGGUCACUGGGGACAUUCUGGUGGACAUCACCGGGCGCAACGUGUCAGAGUACCUCCUCUACACCUCUGACAGACUGCGCCUGCACAGAUAUGGAGGACUCACUGUAGGCAACAUACAGAAAUCAGUCCCAGCAUCCUUUGGGAAAAAUAAUCCGCCCAUGGUUCGCAAAAUAGCCGUGCGUAGAUCAGCUCAGGUGCUGUACAAUAAUAAAGGGUACCACAGCAUGCCAACCUAUCUCAAUGUCCUCAACAACGCCAUCCUGCGCGCCAACCUGCCUCCAGGCAAGGGCAACCCUGCUGCAUACGGAAUCACCCUGACCAACCACCCUAUGAACCGUACCAGUGCAAGGCUCUCUUUGGACUACCUGCUCCAGGGCACUGAUGUGGUGAUAGCCAUCUUCAUCAUCGUGGCCAUGUCCUUUGUACCAGCCAGCUUUGUGGUCUUCCUAGUGGCAGAAAAGUCUACCAAGGCGAAGCACCUGCAGUUUGUCUCUGGAUGUGACCCAGUCAUCUACUGGCUGGCCAACUACGUAUGGGACAUGCUGAACUACCUGGUGCCAGCCACAUGCUGUGUCCUUAUCCUGUUUGUCUUUGACCUUCCUGCGUACACAUCCCCAACCAACUUCCCCGCGGUCCUCUCUCUCUUCCUCCUCUACGGGUGGUCUAUAACUCCUGUCAUGUACCCUGCCUCCUUCUGGUUCGAGGUGCCCAGCACGGCCUAUGUGUUCCUCAUAGUCAUCAACCUCUUCAUAGGAAUCACUGCCACUGUAGCCACCUUCCUGCUGCAGCUCUUUGAACAUGACAAGGAUCUGAAACUGGUGAACAGCUACCUAAAGUCCUGUUUCCUUAUCUUCCCAAAUUACAACCUGGGUCACGGCCUGAUGGAAAUGGCCUACAACGAAUACAUCAAUGAGUACUAUGCUAAAAUAGGUCAGUUUGACAAGAUCAAGUCUCCAUUUGAGUGGGAUAUUGUGACUCGAGGGCUGGUUGCCAUGACAAUCGAGGGCUUUGUAGGCUUCUUCAUAACCAUCUUGUGCCAGUACAACUUCCUCAGGAAACCCUCGAGAGUACCAGUCAGCAGCCAGCCCAUAGAGGACGAUGAUGAGGAUGUGGCCUCUGAGAGAAGGAGAGUACUGAGAGGAGAAGCUGACAACGACAUGCUGAAGAUUGACAACCUCACCAAGGUGUACAAAUCGAGGAAGAUGGGGCGUAUCUUGGCUGUGGACCGGCUAUGUUUGGGCGUGCGUCCUGGGGAGUGUUUCGGCCUCCUGGGUGUGAACGGAGCAGGGAAGACCACCACCUUCAAGAUGCUGACUGGAGACGAGAGCACCACGGGAGGAGAGGCCUUCAUAGGGGGGAGCAGUAUCCUGAAGGAGCUGUUGAAGGUGCAGCAGAGCAUUGGCUACUGUCCUCAGUUUGACGCCCUGUUUGAAGACCUAACAGCCAGAGAACACCUGGAGCUGUACACACGCCUCCGGGGCAUCCCCUGGAAGGACGAGGAAAGGGUGGUCUCAUGGGCCCUGGAGAAACUGGAGCUGUCCAAGUAUGCAGACAUGCCCGCUGGCACCUACAGUGGGGGAAACAAGCGCAAGCUGUCCACUGCCAUCGCCCUCAUCGGAUACCCCUCUCUCGUAUUCCUGGAUGAACCCACGACAGGGAUGGAUCCUAAGGCCCGCAGAUUCCUCUGGAACCUCAUCCUCGACAUCCUCAAGACAGGACGCUCUGUGGUGCUGACAUCACACAGUAUGGAGGAGUGUGAGGCUCUGUGCACCAGACUGGGCAUUAUGGUCAACGGCAGGUUCAAAUGCCUGGGUAGCAUCCAGCACCUCAAGAACAGGUUUGGUGAUGGUUAUAUGAUCACAGUCCGGACCAAGACCAGUUCCAGUGUGAAGGAGGUGGUGAGAUUCUUCAACAGGAAUUUCCCUGAGGCUGUACUAAAGGAGAGCCACCACACUAAGGUCCAGUUCCAGCUGAAGUCAGAGAGGAUCUCCCUGGCCCAGGUGUUCAGUAAGAUGGAGCAGGUGGUCGAGGUGCUGGGAAUAGACGACUACUCUGUCAGCCAGACCACACUGGACAACGUAUUUGUGAACUUUGCAAAGAAACAGAGCGACAACCUGGAGCAGCAGGAGAGUUUGCCCCCUGGUGGAGGCCAGUCGCCACUGCAGCGCCUGCUAACCCUGCUCAGACCCCGGCUGGCCAACACGGAGCUCGACGCCCUGGUCAGCGAAGAACCGGAGGAACUAGAGAGUGAUGACGAUGAGGGCCUCAUCAGCUUCGAGGAGGAGAGGGUGCAGCUCUCCUUUAACACAGACACACUCUGUUGAACUGUGGAAGCUCAGAGAGCCUGGACAGACAAAGUGGGAGGAGGAACCUCAGAGAGGGGUUGUGAUUGGACAGACAAAGUGUAAGGAGGAAAUUCAUAGGGGGCAUGUCUAUAGACAAAUAUGGGAUGAGGAAAUAACAUGAACCUGUUUAUUUUGGAUUGGAAGACAACCGUCUCCAGCUACCCAGGGGAAAGUAAGAUAAGUGUUAUUUUUAUCCUCAAACACCUAACAGUGACAGAGACUGAGGCAUGGGACUCAGAGAAUGAGAUGCAGUGGGACAGAGAAGAGAAUGACAGAGAAAUGAAGUGAGCCUCUCAAAGCUGUCACAGAGUCAUUGGCCAUAGUUAAAGCCUGAAGUGUCCAUAAGACAAGGCCCCUGUCAUCAUGGGAAGCAUACUGAUACAGUGAGAAAGCUUGUAUUUUAAUAGAGAUAUGUUGUUAUAGGAAUGUCUAUAUGUAUUUAUUUUUGAGAAUGUAUUGAUAAAUGGGAACACUGAAAACCAAUGGGGUCUGUCUAGUAAGGACUAAAAUCACAAGGCUUGAUUUGGUAUUCAUGUUGCCUUUGCUAGUAGGUUGGCUUCAUUCAAUGUUGAUGAUGUCAGAAAAUAACAUAUCAUUGCUUCUGAUAUGACCACCUUACUGAGUUUAAUCUUUCCUCAGUUGUUUGACACAGUGAAUUAGUGGUUCAUCAUUGGUCAAAUGUGUUCUGUCCCUGCCAAAGUACAAGGUUGUAUCCUUAAUGACACCCUAUUCUCUAUAUAGUGCACUACUUUUGACCAGGGCCCCAUAAGGCUCUGUUCAAAAUAAGUGCAUUAUGUACUGAAGGGAAUAGGGUGCUAAGGGUCCUGGUACAAAGUAGUGCACUAUAUAGGAUGAGAUGAUGCCCCCCCCCCCCCUUAAAAGCAUAAUUGACCUGCCUUGAGAGCAUGCUGUCAUGAAACCAGUCAAACCAGUGUUGUGUCAUACAUAUACAGUAUAUACAAUACCUAUAUUUUUCUGUGGCAAGAAGAAAGAUGUAUUUUAGAUAUUGAAAUGUAUAUGGGACAGAUGUGUGAUCUGUGAUCGAUUUGGCAAUAAUGGUUUAUAGAGGGAAGUAAAUGACCUUUGGAAAAAGUGCCAAGUUUUGACAUGAGUCCUGAAUCGUUGGCCUUUAAUUUGAAAUCACUUUAUUAGAUGAAUUGAGUCACAGAGGAACGCUACACCACAUGUCCUGUUUUAAGAGAAUGCCUCUACUUGUUGAUACUGAAGGUGCCUCCUUAACCUCAAGCUUCUUCAUUUGGACAGGGGACACUAUAUUUUUGUCUCGUCAUGAUAAAUAGAGCACUUUCUACUGAAUGCUUUAGUUUGUGCUUCUACAAAUCAUAAUGAUUUGAAUUCUUUCAAGAAGAUCACAGUUUGGACACAACGUAAUAAUAACAGUGAAGGUUAUCCUCAAGAUCAUUGAAGUUAUUGAAAACCGUGAAAAUAACUUAAUAAUAACUCUCUCAUGUAAUAAUUAAGGUCACGUGCAAGAUAUACAAUAACAAGCAUUCACUACUGCACUAGUAUCACUGUGAGACAAAGAAGUUCAACUUUCAGAUCAUUGUUUAGUUUGAACUUAAAUGGCUUGUAUGAUUUACAAGAUGCUUUAAAGGCAGUUGGCUUACCGUACAUUUCUUUUGGAAGUUGGAGCACAUUUAAAGAACACCCGCACCACAUCAUUAGUGAAGGGAAAGGUUUAUGUUAUUGAAUAGUAUGUUGGCAUGUGAUUUGAACUGGAUAUUUUCAUGGAGUGUUUGUGUUGUGAAGAGCCAGUUGUAAUAUAUCGUUAUUCUUCUCAGAGGACACUUCAUUUAUUUCACGGACUAAUUCAACGUAGUUUAACAUAUGUUUUGGUGAUUUCUUAAUGUGAGACCUACUUGGACAUAUUUGAUCAUUUUCCUUGACUGUGGUGGGGUUGUUAUCCUUUUACUAUUAAGUAGAGGAAACAGACUGUUGUAAUUAGUUUUCAUCAGAAUGUAAAGUAGGUUAAAUGUUUUACUGAAGUCCAGGAAAUAAUAUGAGAACAAGAAACAAUGCCUGUUUUUGAGAUGUGUUAAGUAAUGCUAUCUGUAUAUGUUUAUGUAUAUGUUAUGUGUCUGAAAAGCAGUAAGGAAAGAUGUAUUGAACUUGAAACAAACUUGUGUCCUUUAACUCAUACUGAAUGAUGACCGUGAUGCUCUACUUUAACUAGAGUUCUGGGACCUCAAAAGGAACAUCAAUGUGAUUUAGGCCCAUUUUGGAUCAUUUGAUCUAUUUAACUUCUGUUGCCACCCAAUGUAUCUUUGAAUAUUUGUAAGAUCAAGGUAUUUGAAGUUUUCCCUGAGCAAAGCUUGACUUUUUUCAAAAAGAGCAACAUUUAGGAUACUUUCACUUUCUCUUCUGCGCAGAAUUCACUACAUAAAUGUAUCUGGGGUAAAACUAUUUAACACUGAUGUUUUUUUGACACCAGCAAAUAUGAGAGUUAGGUGCAAUUCUAUAUGGUUUCAAAUACUGUAUACUAUGGGAUGGAAAAAAUGAUUCAGUCAAUCUAGUGAAUACUCAGCUUUGCUCUAAAGCUGAAUGUUUUGGUAUUUAUCCAGGCAGUGUAUUGUACGUGUGCAUAUGAAUACAAAUAUAUAUUUAUAUGUUGUGAAAAUAUGUCAGUUGACAUUAUUCUGUUGUAAAGCAUCUGUCCAUGUUGUUCUCGUGUUAUUUUUGGACUUUAUGUAACACCUGGUCUUGUUCCUGAUUUUACUGUUGUUUCUGUACUCUGUGCUUCACGUUUGGUGAUCUGGAUUUUUUUACAAAAAAAAAAUACAAAUCAAUCAGGUAUCAGUUGGGUACUCUCUAUGGUUUUGUUCCUAAAUUGAAUUACGGUGUUCUAGCUAUACCUUGAAAACGUUAGGUAUUUGGACCAAAUAAUUUACAUGCACUUUGAAAGCUUGCAUUCAUUUUGCUUACAAUAAAGAUAUGAGAAUAGGAGUGUGAUAUAUUCAUUUCAUUUGAUGAUGUCCUGAGGAGUUUUUACUGACAUUAUUCAACAGGAAAAUGCAGUGAUUUACAGAGGCUCUUUAUCCAUAUAUCUAAAACUUCAUGACUACCAUUUUGGAUCGUGUUCAUCAUUAUUUGAUCUAAUUAAACCUUGCUACCCAACACAUCCCGGUGCAUACUAGAUAAAGGCCAUUGAAGUUUUCAAUGAGCAUAGCUUGGUUUUAAAAAAAAAAGUUCAAUUGAGGAUUUUCUUAGAGCUUGAUUGAGUCCUUAGCUCUGAAGAUCUGAGUUGUAGAGUGAUUUACAUUUAAAGGCAAUGUUCCCACGUUAGUGGAGACUAGAUUCGGACUGCAUGUCGGCUCGAUUGGAAAGGAUCCUUAAAUGUCAACGGUAGUGAUUGAAUCGAGCCCUAAGUUUUAUUUUCAGUGCAGAUCAUACUGUACAAAAGUAUCUGGAGAAAAAACUAUUAAACACAGGAGUUUUUUUUAAAGACACCAGCAAAUAUCAGUUAGCCUAACUUAAUUAGGUGCAAAUCCACAUGGGUGCAAAUACUGUACACUAUGAGAUGAAAAUACAUCUUCAAUCAUUCUAGUGAAUACUCAGCUUUCAUCUGUAGCAAAAUGCUUUGGAAUUUAUCCAGGCAGUAUGUGUGUGCAUAUGAAUAUAAAUGUAUAUUCAUAUUUUAUGAAAAUGUGUCUGUUGUAAAGCAUCUGUUCAUAUUGUUCUCGCGUUAAAUUGGGUCUUAAUGUAACAUUUGGUCUUGUUUCUGAUUCUAAUGGUGUUUCUGUACUCUGUGCUUCACGUUUGGUGAUCUGGAUUUUUAAACAAAACAAAUAAAUCAGGUACCAUCA